AUGACGCUAUCAACCGAAAACCACACCCCUUUCAAUCAAGUCCAUCCAAAUGGGAGUCAACAAGAGGCAACGACUGAGAACACCUCCAUUCCAACUCAACAGGAGGCCCGCAUCCUGAAAUCGGUUAGCGACCUCUGUGCUGGGAAACUCAAGUUCAAGGAUCUCGAUAAAGAAAUCAAGAACCCUUUCGAUGCGGUCCUGAUUCGACGUGCCUUUCUACUGGUGCAGUGUCAGGGGAUGAACGUAAGAGAUACAUUUUCCAGUGACCUGCCGUUUGAGAAUUACGACUAUAGCGAUGUUAUGGAAACAUGCUGCGAGAAUGCUUUCGGGUAUAUUCCGGUCCCGGUUGGACUGGCCGGCCAGUUAAAUGUGGACGAAACGACAGUCUAUCUGCCACUCGCAACAACAGAAGGUGCACUGGUCGCUAGCGUUUCCCGUGGAUGCAAAGCCAUCAACAUGUCGGGAGGUGCAACCACUGCCAUUACCUCGGAUGCGAUGACACGGGCCCCAUGCUUAAGACUGCCUUCCCUUUCUCGAGCAGUCGAAGCCAAGAGGUGGAUAGAGUCUUCAGAAGGCUUCAAAGCUCUUCAAGACACCUUUCGCCAAUCGAGCAAUCACUGCAGGCUGAUCGGUGUCUCUGUCCACGUCGUCGGCAACCAUAUAUAUCCAAGAUUCCAGGCCAGCACAGGCGAUGCAAUGGGGAUGAAUAUGAUUACGCAUUCCAUCAGGAACUCCAUCUCCAUGAUGCAAAACAGAUUCAACGAUCUCGAAAUUAUAUCUCUAUCAGGGAAUCUAUGCGCGGACAAAAAACCCGCCGCCGUGAAUUGGGUUGAAGGACGCGGGAAAGGUGUCAUCGCUCAAUGCCGACUAUCUUCGGCAACGAUGUCAAAUCUACUCAAGACCGACGCAAAACAGCUGGCUGGUCUAAACACCAUGAAGAACCAUGUUGGGAGCGCCAUGGCCGGUGCUUCGGGUGGCUUCAAUGCUCAAGCCAGCAAUAUUGUGACGGCGAUGUAUCUUGCCACCGGGCAAGAUGUUGCACAGAAUGUAGAGAGCAGCCAAUGUAUUACAACAAUGGAAGAGGCUGGAGAUGACUUAGUCGUAUCGGUGACUAUGCCGAGCUUAGAAGUUGGCACGGUGGGUGGAGGCACUCAACUGAAACCCCAGGCGGCCAUGUUGGAUUUGCUCGGUGUGCGAGGCCCGAACGAUGAGGCCCCUGGAGGCAAUGCACAGCAGCUGGCAAGAAUCAUUGCCACGGCUGUUUUGGCUGGGGAGAUUAGUCUAUGCUCUGCAUUGGCAUCGGACGACUUGGUAAGAAGUCAUCUAGCACUGAAUCGGAAAGGGCCUUCGUAG